AUGCCCCUUUUCAACAAACACACGCCCGGCCCUCGAGCCAGCAAUCCUUACCCCCUCCGUUCCAGGGUGAACCAUCCGGCCCCUUCUAGUCCUUUAGAGAGAGGUCGAGUCCUAGGCUCGCCUAUUCAAUUGGACUCUCGAGAGUCCUCACGACCUCCGAUUCUGAACGCAUCGCCGAUCGCGCCGCCAUCUUCGGUCAGGGGCCAGCCAGCUGGCUCCCCCAUUGAGGUCGAUGAUCAAGGGUCUGCCCAGCCCCGGUUGGCCGAUCCGAGCACGAUCGCGCGGCCGGUUUCUCCCAAGGCCACCCGUGCCUCUAGAGCCGCUCGGGUGCCUCCAGGGUUGGUGGGGCUCCUCCCUCAAGAUCAAGGUGCCGCCUCACCGCCCUACCAGCACUGUCCCACCCCGCUCCUGGACCCGAAUCCGAUGUUUCAGCCGCAGGUUACGCCCGAGUGGCGUCGUCCAGCUUCGAACAGCCGAGGUUCCUCGGGUUCUCCAGUGGCUCGUUGUCCUUUCGAGGUCGCAGAAUCGUCGCUUCUGAGCUCAAAUCGCGCUGUCAUUGAUGAGCCCUGGACGCUACCGCCGGCUCCGCGUCCACGAAACCUGAGUACUCCCAGCGAUGUUCGAUCCGCUGACGACGUUGACCAACCUACCUUGACCUCAGCCUCUCAAGAAGAGUCUGCAGUCUCAGCUGAAGACUCUUUCGAGUCUUCUUCCAGUCGGCACACUGCCUCCAGUAACCAAUCCUAUCCGUUUGCGCGUCAGCCCCGUGUCGCCUCGCCCGAUCCUCCUGGGUUCUACGACGUCGACGAGUUUCAUCUCCUCCGGGAUCAUCAGAUCGAUUCCCUCCUCAGUCGUCGAGCGGAUCCGGCUAGGUUUGAUCGGUACGCCUUUUGCCCUCGAGAGUUUACGGCCUUCUACCAGUCGGCCGCUAGUGGGUUUGUAGCCUAUUGUAACGCGGAGCGUCCUUCUUGUCCUCGCGAUCAAGCUCACCGGGUUAGUCACUUCAAGUUUCUUAACCGGAGUUACAUGUCGCUUAGGCGACACUUCCGUCACUUGGAUUAA